AUGGUUUCCUCUGUAGCAUGAGUUGUUCGUGUGUACUGUCCUCUCUGUUCUCAUGGUUCUGCUAUGGAACUCUAUCCCCUGCGUCGCACACUUCAAUGUUUUGAUCUUUUGAAAACAACUGAAUUACGUGAGUGGCUUUUCUCAUGUCACACGCUGUUGCAGUUGCAAGAGAUUGUGAUUAUUCGACCUUUCAGCCAAGAGUUGGGUCUACACGUGAAAUUUACCACUUCGCGUCGUUUGCUUGGCGAGGUUGACUCAAAUGUUGAUAGCUUGUAGAUGCUGGCAAAUGGAAUAGGAAACUUGUCCUCGUGGACGAUUGUGUGAGAAUGUGAAGUACGGGUAAAACGAAAGGUUUUGCAUCUGCUAAAGCGUGACACUCGAUGUAUUAGAAUCGCCUCCGCAAGCAGACGACAUCGAUGAGCGCGAGGAAGGAGCCUUAUUGAUGUGCGUGAGCGAGGAGUUUGCGAUCGAACUUUAGUCUUCAGUAUCCCUCUACUUGUCAUUUCGCAGUAUUUAUGAGAAAAUAUUGGGCCUUUUUUCUUUCGUAUCCACUCGUAAGAAUCCUACAGUGCCUUCAGUACAUGUUUUUCUGUCAUAGUUAUAGAGAACUCAAGUAGACUGGGAUUGCUCACCAUAAUGAGUAGUAUUAUGACCAGCUUUUCCUCCCCAGGAAGGACACGCAAGGGCUUUUUCUUGUGAUGAAAGGUUUCAACGAAAAGACUUCAGCCACUUCAAAACCUUUUAGUAUAUUCAAAUUUCGUGUGGUAAAUUCCUAGAGUCCUUAGGUUACGUCUUUUACUUCAUGGAGACUUUGGGACAGCUAGAAGCGUUGUGCGAAAGACUCUUCAAUUCACAGGAUCCUGUCGAACGUGCGGUAGCUGAGAGCACUCUGCAGUGUUUUUCAAUCAAUGCCGAGUAUAUAUCUCAGUGCCAGUACAUACUUGACAACUCUACUUCUCCGUACGCUCAGCUGCUGGCGAGUUCUAGUCUGUUGAAGCAAGUAACUGAACGCACGUUGUCGUUACAGCUUCGCCUUGAUAUACGAAAUUAUAUCGUGGGUUAUUUGGCAAGCAAAUGUCAAGAGCUGCAAUCAUUUGUAGCUACAUCACUGAUCCAACUGCUGUGCCGUGUUACAAAACUUGGUUGGUUUGAUGAUGGGCAAUUUCGUGAUAUUGUUAAGGAGGCCAUGAAGUUUCUGAAUCAGGUGACUGUGGAACACUUCUACAUCGGAUUGAAGAUUCUUAAUCAGCUUAUUGCUGAAAUGCAUCAGGCCAACCCGGGCCUACCCCUUACUCAUCAUCGUAAGACCGCAUGCUCCUUUCGCGAUCUUGCUCUGCUUCAAGUUUUUCAAAUAUCACUGACUUCUCUGCGACAGCUACAAAAUGAUGCAUCAGGAGAGAAAUUACAAGAGCAAGCCAUCGGCUUGGCUUUGAAAUGUCUUUCUUUUGAUUUCGUCGGAACCUCACUUGAUGAAAGUUCAGAGGAUAUAGGCACAAUUCAGAUUCCUUCGUCUUGGAGAGCUAUUGUGGAGGAUGUGAAGACGGUGCAGAUUUUCUUUGACUAUUACGCCAUCACAAAACCACCUAUUUCGAGUGAGUCUCUGGAAUGUCUUGUAAGACUCGCAUCCGUGCGGCGGUCAUUGUUUUCCGGGGAAACUGAGAGAUCCAAGUACCUGAUUUCUUUUAUGCGGGGCACCAGAGACAUACUUCAGUACCAGCAGGGUCUUGGUCAGCAUGAAAAUUAUCAUGAAUACUGUCGUCUACUCGGCCGCCUGAAGACAAACUACCAGCUUUCAGAACUGGUGAACGUGGAGAUUUAUGGUGAUUGGAUUCGGUUAGUGGCUGAAUUCACAAUGAAAUCACUGGAGUCUUGGCAGUGGGCCAGUGGUAGCGUGUACUACCUUCUGGGGCUCUGGUCAAGGCUUGUGUCUUCAGUGGCGUACCUUAAAAGCGACUGCCCAAGUCUGCUUGAUGAUUAUGUGCCUCAAAUAACAGAGUCUUACAUCAAGUCGAGGUUUGAUUCCGUGCAGGCUGUGGUGGACAAAAAGAUUUCGGAAGAUCCAUUGGAACAUCGGGAGCAGCUUCAAGAUCAGCUUGAUAGUCUUCCAUACUUAUGUCGAUUCCAGUACGAGAAAACAAGCUCCUACAUAAUCGAUCGCCUGGAGCCAGUCUUGGAGGCAUACACAAAUGCUGGAAGGUUCUCUACUUCGAAGACCAGCUCUGACUUGACCUGUGUGGAAGGACAAUUAACCUGGCUAAUUCACAUCAUUGGAGGCAUAAUCCGAGGAAGACAAAGUUCCAGCACGAGCAGUGAAAUUCACGAAGUCAUUGACGGAGAUCUUGCUGCUCGUGUUUUCCAACUCAUCCAGGUUAUGGACUCUGGGGUCCAUAUAGAGGCUCGUUACAAUGAACGAAGUAAGCAACGUCUGGACUUGGCUAUUCUGAUUUUUUUUCAGAAUUUUCGUCGAGUAUAUGUAGGUGAUCAGGCUAUGCAUUCGUCGAAGCAACUGUAUCUUCGGCUUGGAGAACUUGUAGGUCUGCAAGACCACGUUGUGGUUCUAAACAUUAUCGUCCAAAAGAUAGCUACAAACCUAAAGCGCUACAGGCAGAGUGAUGAAGUCAUUGGCGAAACUCUUGCUCUAUUUCAAGAGCUUGCAGCUGGGUACAUGAGUGGGAAGAUGCUUCUUAAGCUGGAUGCCGUUAAUUUCAUUCUGGGACAUCACACGAAAGAUUUCUUCCCGUUCCUGGACGAGUUUGGCUCUACUCGGAACCGAACCCUAUUCUACUUUACGCUGGGUCGCCUUCUCUUCAUGGAAGAUAGUCCCUCCAAAUUCAAGGCAUUUGUUGCUCCUUUGCAGAAGGUGUUUAUGAUGUUGGAAGAAAUGGCAGAUUCUGGCUUCCGCAGUAAUGAAGUUAAGUGUGCGAUAAUUGGUUUGAUGCGUGACCUCAGGGGUUUAACAAUGGCUACAAAUAGUAGGAGAACCUAUGGACUUGUAUUCGAUUGGCUUUAUCCUACGCAUGUCUCACUUUUUGUAAGAAUCAUUCAGCGAUGGACAGAUACGCCUGAGGUCAUGACUCCUCUAUUGAAGUUCAUGGCUGAGUUUGUCUUGAACAAGACUCAGAGAUUGGCAUUCGAUUCAUCUUCUCCCAAUGGAAUUUUGCUUUUCAGAGAAGUCAGCAAGGUCAUUGUUGCCUACGGAACCAUUAUUCUUUCUCAGCCAGUUUCUGCUGAUCCGUACACCUACUUGUACAAGGGUAUCUGGAUCACUUUGACAAUUCUAACAAGAGCUUUGGCCGGAAAUUAUGUGAAUUUUGGUGUCUUUGAACUAUACGGAGAUCAGGCGUUAUCUAGUGCGCUGGAAAUUGCUCUAAAGAUGUCCCUAGCGAUACCAUUGGUUGACGUCUUGGCGUUUCGAAAGCUUGCAAGGGCGUACUUUGGACUGCUGGAAGUCCUAUGUCAUAACCACACUGCUGUUAUUGUAAAUCUUGAGACGGAAGCAUUUGCGCACAUUGUGGGCUCGUUGGAAUUCGGGCUUAAGUCUUUGGACGUCAGCAUUUCCUCUCAGUGUGCUUCGGCAGUCGAUAGCUUAGCAGGUUUUUACUUCAGCAAGAUCACCACAGGGGAGUCAAGAGCGUCCACAGAGGCUGUUAACAUGACGAGGCACUUGUCACAGUGCCCAAAUAUUUUUCUUGAAAUUUUGAAAACCUUGUUUGAGUUAGUCUUGUUGGAGGAUUGUGCCAAUCAGUGGAGCUUGAGUCGACCAAUGCUCAGCCUCAUACUUAUCAGUGAGCAGAUCUACUCAAACCUGAGGGCUCAACUACUUUCUUCUCAGCCUUCAGAUCAGCAGCAUCGACUUGCUGAAUGUUUUGAUAAGUUGAUGGCUGAUGUUGCAAGGACAAUCGAGCCAAAAAAUAGAGACAAAUUUACUCAAAAUCUCACAGUCUUUCGCCAUGAGUUCCGAGCGACUUAGUGAUCUAUUUCAAAGCUGUCUUCGGAAUUUAUACAUUGCUAGGAAGUUGUCGACCACGUUUGACAGUGUUGACGGGGAUUUCCUGAAAGGUUUGCGGUAUAUACCGUCCUCCGAGCACCUCAGCUCAUCACGUUUUUUCUUUCGACAUGUGCAUGCCUCUGCUCGCAGCUUCAGCUUUGUCGUGAAGCUUAGCUUAGCACUGUGUACUAAGCAAAGUCUCUCAUUUGUGACCUGUAUACUGAUGUAUUGGAAGGUGAUUCCUUGACGAACUGAACCCAUUCACGCUUUCUCCGCGAGGAGAAGAUACUCAAUAUCCUAAGGAUGCUUGUAAGUUGUGUCAAAGAAAGGUUCAUUUAUAAUAUAUGAAAAUAGAACAAUAUUAGACUGC